AUGACUCGUCGUCGCUUCACAGGGCGGGGAGAGCUCGUCGACAUCGCCGUACCAGUCCAAGAAAACAUACGAAAUAUCGCUAUUAUAGCCCAUGUCGACCAUGGCAAAACUACGCUCGUUGACCAGCUUCUUCGUCAGUCCGGUACCCUUUCUCCCUCUUCCACCGUAGGAGCCAAUGAGCCUCCCACGGAGCGCGUCAUGGACUCGAACGAUCUCGAAAAGGAACGCGGUAUCACCAUUCUAUCCAAGUGCACUAGCAUCAAAUACCGCGAUAAUCUCAUCAAUAUCGUCGAUACGCCUGGUCACGCAGAUUUCGGAGGAGAAGUCGAGCGUGUUCUCAGCAUGGUUGACGGUGUAGCGCUCGUCGUAGAUGCUACGGAGGGUCCAAUGACACAGACUCGUUUCGUAUUGGGCAAGGCAUUGGCAAGAGGACUCAAGUCGUUGGUAGUACUCAAUAAGGCUGAUCGUCCCACCAGUCGCCCCGCUCAGGUAGAGAGCGACCUCUUCGACCUCUUCGCAACCCUUGGCGCCACCGACGACCAGAUGGAGUACCCUGUCGUAUAUGCCUCUGCAAAGGAGGGAUGGGCUACCUUUGACCAGCCUCCGCCAGCCCCGACGAAUGGCAACAUGGAACCGCUCUUUGAUUUGAUUCUCUCCCAGGUCCCGCCCCCAACACAUCUCUCUUCAGACGAUCCCUUCUCUAUGCUCACCGUUCAAAUAGAAAGCGACUCAUAUGUUGGAAUGCUCUACUUAGGGCGUAUACAAUCGGGUCAGCUGCGCGUAGGUGACACGCUCUGGGCGCUUGAUGCAGAAGGCAACAAAGUUGGGGAUGGAAAAGUCAAAAAGAUUUUCUCUCGUGCUGGCCUGGAGAGGGUAGAGCGUGAUGUUGCAGCUGCAGGCGAGAUUGUCUCUAUUGCUGGUAUCAAAAUUCAGGCAGGUAUCGGCGGCGUCAACGUCAGUCUGGUUAGCCCAGGAGACGACGUCAAGCCUCUCAAGACAACUCCCAUCGACCCUCCGACCAUCUCCGUCCGUAUCUACCCUAAUGACAGUCCAGUCGCUGGAAAGGAGGGCAGCAAGUUGACCAGCCAGGUUAUUCGUGAACGUCUGCUGCGCGAGGCCGAGACUAAUGUUGCUCUACGCGUUCUACCUGGCGCCACAGCCGAGUCGUUGGAACUCCGUGGUCGUGGCGUUUUGCAUCUUGGCGUCCUCUUUGAGACGCUUCGUCGUGAAGGCUUCGAGUUUACGAUUGGCCCGCCCAAAGCUGUUAUGAUCCCUGAUCCUGAUAAUCCCGGCCAGAAACUUGAACCUAUCGAGGAUUGCGUUAUAAUCGUCAAGGAGGAAUGGGCGGGUACAGUCAUCCAGAAGCUCACAAUGCGGAAGGGCGAGAUGAAAAACUACGAGCCGGCAGAGCCUGGGUUCAUGAGGAUUGAGAUGGAGGUGCCUGCUCGCGGUCUACUUGGAUAUAUGGCUGGGGAAUUUAAAAAUGAUGUCCAUGGCGAGGGCACUCUGAACCACAUAUUCAAAGGCUACAUGCCUUACAAGGGCACUAUUGACACUGGACGCAACGGCUCUCUGAUUUCCAUGUCCCUAGGCGAGUCCUCCGCCUACGCCAUUGCGCCUCUGCAAGCUCGUGGAAUCAUGUUCAUUCACCCGACCACGAACGUCUAUCCGGGUAUGGUUAUUGGCGAGUGUUCCAAGGCAUCAGAUCUAUAUGUGAACCCUUGCGAGAAGAAGAAGCUUACCAACAUUCGAGCGGCAGGCGCGGACGAGAAGCUUGUCAUUGCGAGUCCGAGAAUCAUGUCCCUUGAGGAGAGUAUUGCGUAUAUGGCUGAUGAUGAACUUGUAGAGGUUACCCCCAAGGCGAUACGUCUGAGAAAGGCUAUCUUGGAUCAGAAGAAGCGGAUGAGGGGAGCCAAGUAA